CUUCAAAGUUUAAGAGUUGAAUGUUGCAUCUGGAACUAAUGAUAAAACUUGCACCUAAAGUGUGCAACAAGACCCUUUGGCCACACUGGGGUUCUGAGUAAGUCGGUGACCUUUUGUUUUUAAAUUGCCCUGAUAAACUGUUACAGCUCUGAAACUGACUGCUCACAGGUACUCAUCCUUGGGUCUGAAAGGACACAGAAAAUACACUGCCCUUGUUCCAUAACUUCAGUCAGCUGGACACCAUCCUAGGAACCCUUACUGCAGUAUUAUUGGCAUAGUGAGAAGAGGGCAAAAGUAUAGAUGCAAAUGGAUGGUUUUGUCAGAAAUUCGGAAUAGUGCCUCUCUGCUCUGACUUAUGACCAACUGUGAACAAACUCUCCAGGAAACUUCAGGAUUUCUCACCUUCUCCAUAAGGGGGGAAAAAAAUCAAUGUACACAAGGUUUUCUGACUAUCCAACUUCAAGAAAACUCGUCCUUCUGCUGGAAGAUAAUUUUCAUUAUACUCAAACUACCAGACAGAAGACCCAGGUAUUUUUGGAGGAACUGAGAGAAUCAGAAGGCACUCAGAGAAUUAAAAGAAUGGAAAAGGCUGUCCUCAUCAACGAAACUUCAGUGAUGUCAUUUCGGCUCACAGGUUUAUCUACAAAUCCAUUAGUACAAAUGGCUGUUUUCUUCAUAUUCCUCAUUUUCUAUGUCCUGACUCUGGUUGGUAACAUCCUGAUUGUCAUAACAAUCAUACACGACCACCGGCUCCAUACUCCCAUGUAUUUCUUCCUCAGCAAUCUGUCCUUUAUUGAUGUCUGCCAUUCCACUGUCACUGUCCCUAAGAUGCUGAGUGACACCUUCUCAGAAGAAAAGCUCAUCUCCUUUGAUGCCUGUGUGGUCCAGAUGUUCUUCCUGCACCUCUUUGCCUGCACAGAGAUCUUCCUUCUUACUGUCAUGGCCUAUGAUCGAUAUGUGGCCAUUUGUAAACCUUUGCAGUAUAUGACAAUAAUGAACUGGAAGGUGUGUAUGAUGCUGGCAGCAGCCCUAUGGAUAGGGGGAACCAUCCAUUCCAUAUCUCUCACCUCACUCACCAUCAAGCUGCCCUACUGUGGUCCUGAUGAGAUUGACAACUUCUUCUGUGAUGUACCUCAAGUGAUCAAACUGGCUUGCACUGACACCCACAUCAUUGAGAUUCUCAUUGUCUCCAACAGUGGGCUGAUCUCUGUGGUAUGUUUUGUGGUUCUUGUAGUGUCCUAUGCAGUUAUCCUUGUGAGUCUGAGGCAACAGAUCUCUGAUGGCAAGAGGAAAGCCUUGUCCACCUGUGCAGCCCAUCUCACCGUAGUCACUCUGUUUCUGGGACACUGUAUCUUCAUCUACUCACGCCCAUCCACCAGUCUUCCUGAGGACAAGGUUGUGUCUGUGUUUUUCACUGCUGUUACCCCUCUACUGAAUCCCAUAAUCUACACCCUUAGGAAUGAGGACAUGAAGAGUGCCUUGAACAAGUUAAUUAAGAGAAGAGAAAAGUGAAAAUGAUAAGCCCUUAGGAUUCUUGAUGAUCCAAACCAAAACAGCAACUAUUAUAUUUACCAGAUGAUAUGACUUAUAACAUUUUCUUCUGGUCCUACAUCUAACAAUCAAAGUAAAUGUUGUGACUGGUAACAUCUUCCACAUUGUAGACAUUAUCAUAGUGAGUGGGACUUAGUUAAUUAUCUCAGCAGCAGUAGUUACAUGUUCAUCUAAUUACAACAAAACAAAAGCUUACUCUGAGAAAAUACCAUGCUGAACAUUAACCCUGCUACAAAAUCAUAGACAGAACUCAGGGGACCCAGAAUGUAGCUCAGUGCAGAAUGUGUACUUGGCAUAUAGAAGACCCUGGGUUCA